AUGAGUGCGCUACCUCUCGCCCGCUCCGAAUCAGCGGGCGCCUCGUUCGCUUCGGCAUCACCUUCCACUUCCACUCCAGCCUCGUCCCAGCCUUCGUCAGCUCCCAGCCACACCAAAGUAGACCUACCCAACGAAUUGCUUCGCCAUAUCUUCCUCUACUGCGAUCCUGCUAUGCUCUACACCACCAUCCGUAGCCUCAACAGGGCUUGGAAGCAUGCUGUGGAGAACGAUCUCAUCGCAACCCACUUUGCCAACAAGGAUUGGCGAGUGGGUCUGCGUGUCACUCGCAAGCUGCCCAGCACCCUUUCGGAGGAAGAGGUCACCGAAGCUCAACGUCAUCAAGCCGACGAAGAGCUGUACCGGCUGAACGUGCUCAAUCGUGCGGGUGCGCUGGAGCCUUUCAAUAUCAAUGCGCAACCGAGGACAGUAACACAUGUCAUUCCGCUUACCUUCAAGGCAUACGACGCUGAAAAUGUGUCGCUGCGCUUCGAUACCGACUCGACCUGGCAUUCGCUCUUCCAGGUGGCGCAGCCUGAGUCGGACGAAGAGGACGCCGCGCCCCGCAACGCCGCACCUGCCAACGUGGACAAUGACGAUUCUGACGACUCGAGCGCUGACGAAGACGACGAGACUGAACAGCAGGAUGCAAAUGAACCUGCACAUCGUCUACGCGAGCGACAGGAAGACUUUGGAGCCGCUGCUGCCCGAGCACGUGCUAGGGCCGAGUCUGCUAGGCUUGAACUUGAUUUCGGACUCGUCUGGCGUUUCCCAGACGACGGUCAGGACGCUGACGUCUACCAAAUCAAGAAAGGUGAUGCCGAGUCUUGGGGACAGCCGGAUCCCGAGAAUGGCUGGCUGAGCCGCUUCUACUGCUCCAACUUUGACACGGUCAGCUCGGCAGCCCCGUCGAGCGCGCCUUCGGGAAGCGCUUCGCCUGCUGUCCUCCAGUCGACGCCUCUCACGCGCAGGGUGCGCAGCAGUCGUCUGCAUUCUUCUGUGGAAAGGCGCAUGCACGAUGUGGUCGAUGACGACGAGGGCUUCUCGCCCGCUCAGAUGAUUUGGAGCGAUGAGGGCCACGAGUACAUGUCGCUCGACCUCUCGUUGGGCAUGGAGUUCUUUGUACGCCGCUCGGCUCGUGCUAACCAGCUGGUGCGAAGGCUCGAGGCCGCUGCUGCUGCAGCUGAAGCGCGCGAUGUUGUCGCUCAGCUCACGCGCAAGCUCAAGAAGGGCAAGAAGUCGGCGAAAAAGUCGGGACUGUCGAGUCUCAAUCCAUCCGCGGCUGGAUCGGUGGCAGCAUCGGGUUGGGCGACGCCCCUAGAAGUGGCGAGUCCACCGCCCUCGCGUAUGACCGCCACCAGCGACCCUCGACGACGCGCCAUGCAGAAUGCGUUGGGCAGGGACAUGCACAGGGGUGCAUCGUCGUCGAGGCUUGCUAGUGGCAGCUCGCCCCUGAAAGACAAGGAGGCCGCCACAGACGACGAUGCUACAGAGGAAGAGCAAGGUAGAAGAACACCCGAGCAAACAGCUUCAGCUCCCCAUUUGCUCGCACCGUCCAUGAUGGCGUCUCGCUACAAUUCGGUCGCGCCGUCCAGACAAGGCGGUGGCAGCGUCGGUACAGGCUCUUCGUACGGUACCAAGUCGCGAGGCGCCGGCAGUGGCAGUCGAGCGGGUGGCAGCAGUGCGCCUCGUGCCACGUUCCAGGCCAAACUGCUUCGCGCCGAGCGCAUGCCUUCACGACCCUCCACGCCACCGCCAGCAGGCGAAGAAGAGUCCUCGGACUCGGCAACGGCCAACACGACGCCUUCAGAUCGCGCUGGCUGGACGGGCGGCGACAAGUACGGACGUGGUGCGUAUCGUUUGGCGCAAGAAUGGUCGGAGGAGCUGGAAUCCGACAAGUUCCAGGAUGCGCUGUCGAAUAGCGGCGUCACUACACCGGUCACAUGGACGUGGUCGAGGUAG